AUGUCCAUCGUCCCCCCAGUACUCACGCGCAAGCGCGGUCAGCCGCCGAACCAGUCAAAGCAAUAUGACGAGAUAGAAGAAACUAUCCAAAUGCUCGAUGUGGCACCUGUCAAGCGACGGCGAUCGACGGUUGAGGAGCAAGCAGAGCAAAUUCAACAAAUGUCAGUGCAAGGAAAUAAAAUAGAUGGAUCACCUGAAGGCGAAAUAUUUCGGGUGACUGUAAAAACGAGGGACGAACUGCAGGGGAGCGAAGACGCGGCUGCCGACGCUCAGAAAGUGGCUCAAUUGUUGCGACUGAAGCAGCUAGCUGCAUCUACUACUCAUCAUCAUGAUGUGGACGUAGCGUGGGGUCACGAGUACCAAGCACUGGACUUGCUCCGGUGCUUCAGCAAGCACCAUCAAGAAGAGGCUCGGCGUCUACUGAAAAGUGGAAUUCUUAAGAUACUGGUAUUGCCAGCGGCCUCGAAUCUGCGUUCGGUCAUGGCUCGUAACGCGCUACUGUGUAUUCAAGACCUGAUUCUCGAUCUGAAGACUGAAAUGGCUUCCCACUUGUCCGUGUUUGUGCCUGUGCUGCUGUGCCAGGCUUGCUCUGAAAAGCAAUUUUUGAGUGAAUUAGCAAGAAGAGUUCUAGACACAACGCUUCAAGCAGGAAUAAACGAAGAAUUUUUACAACCACUGCUUGAUACGAGUACGACGGAGAAGAACGCACAGAUCGUCAGCGUGGCUGGAUUAUACGUAACCAAGUGCGUGAUCCAAAUGGACCGCGACCAUUUACGAACAUUUGUGCUGGAAACACGUGGGUCGUUCGUUGACGAACUAGCGGGUUUUCUUAACUGCAAAGUUGUUGAGUGCAAAGCAGCUACUCGACGUACUUGUCAACAUACGCGGCGAUUAAUCGGGAAUGAAGAGUUUGUGGCGCUUGUAAAAGAAAAAUUAAGUGGCAGUGCGCAGUUGGAUGUGCUCAAAGCUUCGGAGAUCCGCAAGUCAGGAAAAGCCAGCCACGCCAAAAUGAGUUUUCGCGAUCGCAUGCUUCAAAUGAAGAAGCAGCAGCAACAGCAGAAAAAGGUGCAGAGUGGAGGAAACGACAUUGCGUUCAUUGUAGUUGCACCGCCACGAUCAAGAACGUCUUCGAUGCAGACAGCACCAUCCAUCUGA